AUGGAGCUUCCAUCAAAUCAAAGAAGGAUGUGCACUUAUUUGCCACCAAAUAUAAGUUCAGAUGGAAUUUGGGAACAUUUAAAUUUUCAAUCAGUAUUUACAUAUUCUUUACCACUGUUUCAAUUGCAGAUUAUUAUGAUUUUCUUGGUCACACAAUCUAUUCAUUUGGUCCUCAAACUUGUUGGGGUCCCUGUAAUCAUCUCCCAACUCCUUGCCGGAGUGGUCCUCGGACCUUCUCUACUGGGCAGUUUUACCAAAUUCAAAGACAUUGUUUUCACGCUCAACAGUCAAGAUAUAAUGGGCGCAGUGUCCACAUUAGGCUACACACUCUUCAUGUUCCUCUGCGGAGUCAAAAUGGAUGUCGGUAUGGUACGUAAAACCGGUCGAAAAGCUUGCUGGAUCGGUCUUUUAUCCGUUGCGACGCCUUUAACAUUCGGCUUGAUCACAGAAUUUUUACUAGAAAAAUCUUCUUUAGCGAGAGAUUUGCCGAGUAAUCUUUAUAUAAUUACACCCGUUCUUUCGGCUACUCCUUUUCCGGUCAUUUCAACGCUUCUAGCCGAUCUCAAAAUCUUGAAUUCCGAAUUGGGACGGUUAGGUCUAUCCGCUGCAAUGAUUGGCGAAAUUAGUACGGUAAGUCUUUUUACAAUGGCAACAUUGAUUUCGACUGCGAAAGAAAAAUCAGUGGAGAUGGCGGUUAAAAACCUAGUAUGCAUUGUUAGUUAUAUUCUUUUCGCAAUAUUUGGAAUUCGCCCCGCGAUGUUUUGGAUGAUAAAGCAAACACCGAAAGGAAGAAACGUAAAUGAUAUAUACAUUUACACGAUAAUUUUAAUGAUUUUUAUAACCGCGAUUACUUCAAAUUCAUUCGGUCAAUCAAUUUUCUUCGGGCCAUUUGUUCUCGGUUUAGCUAUACCAGACGGACCUCCAUUAGGAUCCGCCAUUGUAGAGAAGCUUGAAGGAAUAGCGUCGGGGAUUUUUCUUCCGUUAUUUGUUACAACAUCCGCUAUGAGAGCGGAAUUCGGAAUUAUUAAGAUGAAUAAAAAUUUGCUAACAGCUGAAGUAGUGCUUAUUAUGGUGACUGUAAUAGCCAAGACUGGGGUGUGUCUGCUUGCUUCACUAUACUGCAAGAUGCCUUUUAACGAUUCCUUUGCGCUAUCCCUCAUAAUGACAUGUAAAGGCAUUGUUGAGUUAGCCACUUACAGUGUCUUAAGAGACAAACAAAUUAUAUCCAGUGAAACGUUCACUGUCUUAAUGGCAAGCGUAUUAGUGACAGGGACACUGGUCCCAAUAUUGGUAAGAAAGCUGUACGAUCCUUCAAGAAAAUAUGCUGGCUACCAAAAAAGAAACUUAAUGAAUCUAAGAUCCAACUCAGAACUCCGUAUUCUCAUGUGCAUUCAUAGUCCAGAUGACAUUACAGCUGCCAUUACCGUCCUAGACGCCACGUGUCCGACAUCUGAAAAUCCACUUACUGUCUCCAUUCUUCAUCUAAUCAAACUUGUUGGUCGAGCUUCUCCCCUCUUUAUAUCUCACAAUAUUCAGAUCAAAAAUUUCUCCGACCACUCCUACUCCGAAAACGUCAUCGUUUCAUUCAAUCAGUAUCAGCAGAAAAGAAUGGGAGCUUUAUCUAUAAGCACUUAUACAGCAGUUUCACCUCCGAAAACCAUGCAUGAGGACAUAUGCACCCUUGCCCUAGACAAGCUAACCUCGCUUAUUAUCUUACCGUUUCAUAUAAAUUGGUCGGGGGACGGCUCUAUUGUAUCACAAAACGUUACUAUAAGAGCGCUUAACCAUAAUAUCCUCGACCGAGCACCCUGCUCCAUCGGAAUCCUCGUAAACCGCGGCCAGCUUCGAAGAACAAAAUCCGAAAAGUCGACAAGGCGUGUCGCGAUGAUCUUCGUAGGUGGAAAUGAUGAUCGGGAAGCGUUAACAUUCGCGAAACGCAUCGCCAAAGGCCAAUCGAAAGUUAUAACCCUAACGGUUAUUCAUUUGGUGGCGAAAGAUCAGAAAGAUGUAAGAACAUGGGAGCAAAUGCUCGAUUCGGAGACAUUACGAGAUGUGAAACACAAUACAAUUGGGAGUAAAUGUUUGAUUUACAGAGAAGAAGUAGUGAAAGACGGACCGGAAACUGCGAGAAUACUGAGAGGAAUUGCAUGUGAAUAUGACCUAAUAAUAGUUGGGAGACGGAAUGGGGUAGAAUGUCAGCAAACUAUAGGGCUUACAGAAUGGAAUGAAUUUCCUGAAUUAGGUGUUAUUGGAGACUUGCUUGCCUCUUCUGAUCUCAAUGGUCAAGCUUCCAUUUUAGUUGUACAACAGCAACAACAGUUAAGUUAGUUUAUAUGAU